AUCUGCAGCACUUGGGAAUACAGAAGGCCGAACAAUUUCUUUGUCCAUCCUCUAUCCCAUCCAAUUUUCAAAUCAAAAUCUCUUUAACUUUUAUUUUCUUUGGAUUUGCCGAAUUUCUCUUUCGCCAUGGGGGUAUGGGAUGCUUUUCUCGAUUGGCUACGGAGUAUGUGAGGCUCAUAUGGAGCAUGUGUGAUUAUGCUCACCAUUGGAGAAGUGGUAUUGUGGAGGAAGGCUAAAGCUGUGUGGAAGUGGUGCUUUGAUGGAUGUUGUGGCAAAAAGGGAGGGAGGGAUGUGGUGGUGGUGAUUGCCUAAUGAUAAUGGUGGUGGUGGUGUGAAUAAUGAUAAUUUUGAAUAUAGCUCAAAGAAGCCUUGAGGAAUUCAUAUGUCAGACCUACAUGUACUUUCAUUGGACGUGGAUUACAAUGACUGGAGUAUUAGAUUUCUGUUUGCACCUGAAGAGGACACAAGAAGUGGAUUGAGGAUACAAGAGUCAGUGAUGAUGAUUUGAGUGCAGUGACUGGUGUUUGCACUUGAAGAGGAGGCAUUGUUGCAGAGUCAUUGGAUUUUCUAUUUGCAGUGCCCUGCUAAUUGUCUUUUCAUCAAGCAAGAAAUGGAUCUAUCUUUAAUAGGCCUUGAGAAUGCUGGAAAAACAUCACUUGUAAAUGUUAUUGCAACUGGUGGAUAUAGCGAAGACAUGAUUCCAACGGUAGGGUUUAAUUUGAGGAAUGUAACUAAAGGGAAUGUGGCAAUAAAGCUAUGGGAUCUUGGAGGUCAACCGAGAUUUCGCAGUAUGUGGGAAAGAUACUGCCGUGCAGUUUCAGCCAUUGUGUAUGUGGUGGAUGCCGCUGAUUCUGAGAACUUGCCUGUCUCAAGAAGUGAACUUGAUGACCUGUUGAGUAAUCCGUCACUUAGUAGCAUUCCCUUGCUGGUACUGGGUAACAAGAUUGACAAAGGAGGAGCUUUGUCUAAAGAGGAUCUGACAGAGCAUUUGGGGCUCAAGUCCAUUACUGAUAGAGAAGUCUGUUGCUUCAUGAUUUCUUGCAAGGACUCCACCAACAUUGAUACAGUUAUUGAUUGGCUUAUGAAGCAUUCUAAAUCAAAGAAUUGAAUCUCAGUUUUCUGUACUUUUUUCAUUCAUUCAUCCAUCACAGUUAUUGGAGGGUGGAUUUGAAGCAGGUAAAAGUGACUUGUGCCGUGUUGAAUAACUGGGUUUAUCGAUCAGUCUGAUUACUAUUUGCUGUGUGGCUCAACAUCUGGGUCUGGUGCUUGCUUCUUCUUCUUUAUGUUGCAACACGCAAUGAUAUGGGUUUCUACUUUCUUGUACAUAUUUUGAUUGUUGUGUCAUGUGUUUAAAACUUCAAACAUGCUUCAGGUCUUCUGGAUUUGAAUAGAAUAAUAGCCUUUAUAAUUUAUAUA